CUCGAAGCUUCUCCACUUUCCUUUUUAACGAACUUCCAAAGCUUCUGCCAAUCUACAAAUCUAUCUUCUUCUUGCACCAAGAAUAUCCCCUUCUCGAAAACCUCACCAGCCUGAGAUGACACACCGUUGGCAAAAGUAUGGAUGCGGUUUUGUAUAUAGAUCGGAGAAAAAUGAUCAGCUGAAAAAAAGGGGAAAGAAAAUGGCAAUUUGAUUGGAUUUUCUGUUUGGUUCCCGGGAAACGCUAGGAAAAGAGAAUAUUUUUUUUGCUGCAAUUUGAUUGUUUUACAAGAAUUUGGUUGAGAAGUUUUUCAGCAUAAUCUGAAAUGGCUUCGUCUGUUCUGAUCUCUGAUACUCAGCCGUGGAAGGAUUUGAAGGCUCACGUUGAGGACAUAAACAAGACCCAUCUGCGCGAUUUGCUGAACGAUGUCAAGCGGUCGCAGGCGAUGAUGGUUGAGUUUGAUGGUCUCCUGUUGGACUACUCACGGCAACGUGCCACGGUUGAAACCUUGCAGAAGCUCCUCAAGUUGGCGGAGGGUGCAUCCCUAAAAGAAAAGAUUAAUCGAAUGUUUGCUGGCGAGCGUAUAAACAGCACAGAAAAUCGGGCAGUGCUUCAUGUAGCUCUUCGUGCUUCAAGGGAUGCAGUUAUACAGUGUGAUGGGAAAAAUGUGGUCCCAGAUGUUUGGGAAGUUCUGGACAAGAUCCAAAAGUUCUCUGAGAGUAUUAGAAGUGGAUCUUGGGUUGGAGCCACAGGAAAAGCACUGAAGGAUGUUAUUGCUGUUGGUAUUGGUGGCAGCUUCUUAGGUCCUCUAUUUGUGCACACAGCUCUUCAAACAGAUCCAGAGGCUAUGGGAGCAGCAAAGGGAAGGCAGCUGCAUUUUCUUGCAAAUGUUGAUCCUAUUGAUGUUGCCAGAAAUAUUGCAGGGUUCAACCCAGAAACUACCCUUGUUGUGGUAGUUUCAAAGACUUUUACAACAGCUGAAACUAUGUUGAAUGCUCGAACUCUUAGGGAAUGGAUAUCAUCUUCUCUCGGGCCUGCUGCAGUUGCAAAGCAUAUGGUAGCAGUCAGCACUAAUCUUACGCUUGUAGAGAAGUUUGGAAUUGACCCAAAAAAUGCUUUUGCAUUUUGGGACUGGGUUGGUGGCCGAUAUAGUGUUUGUAGUGCUGUUGGAGUGUUGCCUUUAUCUCUUCAGUAUGGGUUCUCAGUUGUUGAAAAGUUCUUAAAGGGAGCUUCUAGCAUUGACCAACACUUCUACUCAACACCAUUUGAGAAAAAUAUACCUGUUCUUUUAGGUCUGUUGAGCAUUUGGAAUGUUUCCUUUCUUGGAUAUCCUACAAGAGCUAUCUUACCGUACUCCCAAGCACUGGAGAAGCUUGCUCCGCACAUUCAACAGGUUAGCAUGGAAAGUAACGGCAAGGGUGUAUCAAUUGACGGUGUAAUUCUUCCCUUUGAGACCGGUGAAAUUGACUUUGGUGAACCCGGAACAAACGGUCAGCACAGCUUUUACCAACUAAUUCACCAGGGCCGCGUUAUUCCUUGCGACUUUAUUGGUGUUAUGAAGAGUCAGCAACCUGUUUACCUGAAAGGUGAAGUGGUGAGUAACCACGAUGAGCUCAUGUCUAACUUUUUUGCACAGCCCGAUGCCUUGGCCUAUGGAAAGCACCCAGAACAGCUGAAGAAAGAGAAUGUUCCAGAGCAUCUUAUCACUCAUAAGACUUUCUCUGGAAAUCGGCCUUCUCUCAGCCUUCUGCUUCCAUCACUAAAUGCUUACAAUAUUGGACAGUUGCUGGCAAUCUACGAACACAGAAUUGCAGUUGAAGGUUUUGUAUGGGGAAUCAAUUCUUUUGACCAGUGGGGAGUAGAAUUGGGAAAGUCAUUGGCCAGUCAAGUUAGAAAGCAACUCAAUGCAUCUCGUACAGAAGGGCAACCUAUUGAGGGCUUCAAUUACAGUACCACAACAUUGUUAACAAAAUACUUGGAGGCAACUAAAGACAUCCCUGCUGACCUUCCGACGCUUCUGCCACAGAUAUAGUUGCCUUCUGCCGGAAAUGUUCUAUUUAAAGUAAGUUGAACGAAUAAAAUUUUAACCAACUACAACGAGCCACGUAAGGCUACCUGCUUCCGGUUUUGGUUGCAAUUUUCUUAUAUGAACCUUACAUGGAGCAUAUUUGUAGUCGAAUUGAUACGCUUCUGCGUUCGAAGAAAUGCUGUCCAAGCAUAUUGUAUAUACAAAAUAAAACCAGUUACUCAUUCAUUCA